GCAGCGAAGACGCGGAGACCACGUUGGGACCACGGAGCAAGCAAAAAUGUCGAGUAAUUUUCCAUUUAACCAGUUAAUCGACAUGGUACGGCCACACCGCUCUUUAUAUGACAAGGCAUCUCCAAACUUCAAAGAUACAAUAAUGAAAGACAACCGUUGGGCGGAGAUCGGGCACGAACUGGGAGUAACAGGAGCUGUGGCAGCACAAAAAUUUCAGACGAUGAAGGCCAAAUACGCAGCAGAAAAGAAAACAUUUCUGGACUCAAAGAGGAGUGGAUGCGGGGCGGCUGAGGUCAGGCACUCGAAAUGGGCCUUUUAUACGACUCUCGACAGUUUUUUAGGAGAUAGAGACAGCAGCUUUGCGACGUUGUCCAACAUUCCCGCAGCCGACAUCUCCAGCCCAAUAGAGGAAAACUGCUCUGGCGUUGAGGGGUUGAUCCAAUAUAUGGUCCAUUCAGAAUAUUUUGAAGGAGGUGAUGACACGUCCACAAGCCAUAGCCCAUUGACUGUGCCAUCAGAAGAGUCAACUUCGACCAGAAUAUUUGAGCAGUCAUCACAGCAUAGCUCUCAUGUGGCCACUCCGACAGCAGCUCCCAAAAAGAGGAAGCGCACUGGUGGGGACGACAUCAUUGACUGCAUAAAGGAAAACAUGGACUCCCUGAACAAAUGGAAAGGAGAACUGAGCAGCAAAGAUCACAUAUUUUAUUUUUGUAUGAUGUUGGCCGAACGCUUACGUGUUCUUUCUCGACCAUGUGCUCUCCAGUUCAUGACAAAGGUGCAAAACUACCUUCUGGACGCUGAAAUGGAAGAUUGCGCAGAAAAGUAAAUACAUGUACACAAAAGGAAGGACUGUCUACAUUUUAUAGAUAAUAUAUGUGUGUCAUUCAAAAAACAGGCUGUGCAUAAAAAUUUAUUAAUAUAAGUGGAGCACAUUUAACGUGAGUCUGCCCAUAUGUGGCUGCAUGCUGCACGUGCCGCAGG